GCUUUUCUUCCUGUCUCCUCCAUUGCACAUUCACAAUAGCUGGUGCAUCAGCGGCUAAAUCUGGACCAGCUGUGAGGCGAUGACACAGAGUCCUGCACAUCAAUUCCAUGGGCAUGACCACUUUGCUGAGGACUAAUCCAAGUAACGCAUCCCAAAGAUGAGGGAUUGCAGCAUCUUCAAGGGCCUUUCAGUGCACAGUCAAAGUACUGUAUUCUGCAGGAUCUAAAUGAAUCAUUUCAGAGAUGUUCUCAUGGCAGAUGAGGGCUGAGGUGGACGACAUUUCUGCGUAGCCAUUUUCCAUGAUUAUUUACUUUACAUUCUACUAAAUCUUCCCUCGGGAAGGCAGGGUUGUAAACUGGUCCUUUAUUCCUAAAAUACCUACUGAACAGUAGAAGUGAUGGGGACUACAGAGGCCACAUUGCGUAUGGAAAAUGUUGAUGUGGAAGUUAAAGAAGAAUGGCAGGAUGAGGAUUUUCCAAAGCCUCUUCCCGAAGAUACAGAGAUGGAUACUCUUGGAUCUCCCACAGAUGACAGAACAUCUUCUCCGCCAAGUACGUUAAACAUCAGUGGAUCUCAUAGCAAGCGCAAAACACUAGUCGCUCCAGAGAUUAAUAUCUCAUUAGACCAAAGUGAGGGCUCUGUACUUUCUGAUGACUUCCUAGAUACACCAGAUGAUCUAGACAUCAAUGUGGAUGAUAUCGAGACUCCAGAUGAAACAGAUUCAUUAGAGUUCUUGGGCAAUGGAAAUGAAUUGGAAUGGGAAGAUGACACACCUGUUUCAAGUGCCAAGAAUAUGCCUGGAGACAGCGCUGACUUGUUUGGUGAUGGAACUGUGGAAGAAGGGGGAACAACAAAUGGACGCCUAUGGAGGACUGUCAUCAUUGGGGAGCAGGAACACCGCAUUGAUCUGCAAAUGAUAAAACCAUAUAUGAAGGUGGUUACACAUGGAGGCUACUACGGUGAGGGUCUGAACGCCAUCAUUGUGUUUGCUGCCUGUUGUCUGCCAGACAGCAGCUGUCCAGACUAUCAUUACAUCAUGGAGAAUCUUUUUCUGUAUGUCAUAAGUAGUUUGGAGCUGCUAGUGGCUGAGGAUUACAUGAUUGUUUACCUGAAUGGUGCCACUCCUCGACGUAGAAUGCCGGGGUUAGGAUGGUUGAAGAAGUGCUACCAGAUGAUAGAUAGGAGACUGAGAAAAAAUUUGAAAUCUUUAAUCAUUGUCCACCCUUCCUGGUUCAUCCGGACUGUAUUGGCGAUCUCCAGACCAUUCAUAAGUAUGAAAUUUAUCAGUAAGAUACAGUAUGUGCACAGUCUGGAAGAACUGGAGCAAAUAAUUCCUAUGGAAAACGUACAUAUCCCUGAAUGCGUCUUACAGUAUGAUGAAGAAAGAAUUAAAGCUAGAAGAGAAAGGGCAGCAGAGAAAGAAGAUAAUGUGGUAGCAACAAGCAUUCCACAGGCAGAAAAUGUGUCUUGUAAAUGAAAGUUUGGAAACCAGAUGGAUUUAGCUCACCUAUUUACCAAGAAACCAUCCACAAUCUGCAAUUGAAGCUUCCUGUCUGGAUUUUCUCCUUCAAAAACUUUUCAGUGAACUCAAAAAAAUUGUUUCAAGUCUCAAA